CAUUUCAAUUUUGAGACCCAUUCAAGGCCCAUUAGGGUUUAUAACGAAAUUUGUACACUGCCUACUUUCAAAACUCUGAUUUUUCACUUUCUCCAUUUCUGUGACCCAAAAUUAAAAAAAAAAAUGGUGCAUGUCAAUUUUUACCGCAACUAUGGAAAGACCUUUAAGAAGCCUCGACGCCCAUAUGAGAAGGAGCGUUUGGAUGCAGAGUUAAAGCUUGUUGGAGAAUAUGGACUGAGGUGCAAGAGGGAGCUCUGGAGAGUUCAGUAUGCUUUGAGCCGUAUCAGAAAUGCUGCAAGAAUGCUUCUAACCUUGGAUGAGAAAGACUCACGUCGUAUCUUUGAAGGUGAAGCACUCUUGAGAAGGAUGAACAGAUAUGGACUAUUGGAUGAGAGCCAGAACAAGCUUGAUUAUGUCUUAGCUCUCACUGUGGAGAACUUUCUUGAGCGUCGUCUCCAAACCCUUGUCUUCAAGACUGGCAUGGCCAAGUCAAUCCACCAUGCUAGAGUGCUAAUUAGGCAAAGGCAUAUCAGAGUUGGAAGGCAGGUGGUGAACGUCCCUUCUUUUAUGGUGAGAGUGGACUCCCAGAAGCACAUUGACUUCUCUCUCACCAGUCCUUUCGGGGGCGGUCGUCCUGGAAGAGUGAAGCGAAAGAACCAAAAAGCUGCUGCAAAGAAGGCAUCUGGUGGUGAUGGAGACGAGGAAGAUGAAGACUGAGCUCUUACGUUUAUUUACAUUUGGAUGUUAUACUUUUGCCUAUGUUGUACCCUUUUGUUUUUUGUUUCUUUAACUUUAUGUACCUUUCAUAUGUUAGAAAUGUCUUCAACAAGAGGUUGGGAAGAUUUUGAGUUUGGAUUUCACACUUUUAAUCACUUCAUAGGCUCUUGUCUAAAUUUAUUAUUGAAUCAGCCGACCAUGUAUUUAGAGAAGUUUUUAUUGGAGGGAAUAGUAUAUUCUUAUCUUCUAUCUUCUUCAUUAGAUAAUGGAUUGGUCUUUGCCUGAA